AUGGGAUCCAAAAGAAAACAAAAAGAAAAACAAAAGGACUUCAAAAAGGCUAAAUUAAAAGUAGGUAAAACUGCUCAAAAGCCUGAUAAUUAUACAGAUACUUCAUUUAAAUCUAAAACUAUAUCAUUACCUGGUCAAUCCAUAAUUACAGUUCAUUCAAAGGAUCUUUCACAUCAAUUAUCAUUAACAAAACAUCAUUCUUCAACUACAAGAAAAGAAAUAUUAAUAAAUAUAACUCAAAAUUUACCAUCUAAUCCAUCACAAUAUAAACAAAUUAUAACAAGUGUUGUACCAUUAAUAUUAGAUGAAUCAAAACAAGUUAGAUUAGAAUUAUUAAAUUUAUUAAAAAAAUGUGGAGAAAAUCAACCUGGCCUACUUGAUUUACACAAGCGUACAAUAAUUUUAUUUAUAAUAUCAGCAAUGACUCAUAUUCAACCAGAUAUAAGGAAUACAAGUACAAAAUUUUUAGCAUUGUUAAAUGAAUAUUCAGAUUUAAAACUGUAUUUCGUUAAGAUAAUGAAAAAUUUUUUUAUAUUAAUGAGUUGGUCCUUGCUAAAUGAUUCAAAAUCAAAAAGUGUAUCAAUAAAUUCAAGUUCUUCUAUAUUGCUUGGAGAAAAUUCAAAAAGGGCAAGAAUUGAUCAUAUUCAAACAAUAACUAAAUUUUUACAAUCAACAUUAACUGAAGAAACAUCAAAACAAGAUAAUAUACAUUUAAGUCAAAUUACAAUACAUCCUCAAAGUUAUAAAUAUCUAUUACCAACAACUCCUCAAGUAUUUGCUCCAUUAAAACUAUAUAUAAAUGAAAUUUCAAAUAAUUCAAUGAAUAAUAUUGAAAACUUAGAUUCAAUGACAACAGAAGAUAUAGAAACAAGAAAAAAUAUAAUGAAUGAAUUCUUUAAAGAGAAAAUGAUUAAGAACCUAAAUAAUUUAACAAAAGAAGGUGGUGAUAUAGGUAGAGAAGCAACUAAUUGUAUAAGAUUAUUAGAAUCUUUAUAG